AUGGCUGUCCUUUUUCCUUUGCAUCGGCUUUGGGUGCUGCCUCUGAUCUCCGGAGUCACCUGGUUCAUCACACUGUUCGUGUUGCUUGUAACAUGGAUUGCUAAAGGAACGCCACGAUACCCGGGCCAGUCGAACCCCGAUGUCGCAUUCAUCUCUGACAUCGCCGCUUUCAUGCUCAAACCCUUCUUCCUGAUUGGUGCCUCCGUUACUGCAUUCGCCUUCAUUGGCACCGUGUGCUCUGUGCAUUUUGCGCGCUAUGACCACCGCAUGUACGGUAUCGAUGACUUGUGGCAUAGAAAGUGGCUGUCGGUGGUGGCCAUGAUAUCCGGUGUGGUGGCCGGUGUCGGACUCAUCUUGUUGGCUGUCAUGGACACCUUCCGCUACCACCAAGAGCAUCACAUUCUGUUGUUGAUCUGCUUCGCGGGCCUAGCUCUGUCAGCUCUGACCACGACGAUAGUCUACUUCGACCAGACAGUGAGACCGUCCAAAUUCCGAGAACUGAGAUUCUACUCCGCAUUCAGCGCCUUCAUCGUCUUCUUGGAGGUGGUCAUGGGUCUGAUUUUCACGGGCUUCAUGUACACGGGGCACUGGCGGCUGGCGGGCAUCUUCGAGUGGAUCCUCGCGUUCCUCGGAUGCUUCUACAUGCUUGCCUUCAUUGGGUUUGUGGCUAUCCCUGUGUCGCGGGACGAAGCAGAUGCGGCAGAGAGGAGGCCGCUGCUCCAGGAAUCGGCCGAGGUCCCAGCAUGA